UUUUUCCCUUAAGGGGUCACUUUCCUAUUUUAACCCUAUCAAACAUUUUAAAUCUAUCGUUCUUCGUUUUUGCGAAAUUUCCAUUUGCCUUUUUUUUUUUAUUGAAAAAUAAAUUUCCAUUUGCUUUGACGUCCAUUUCGUUCCAGUUGGCCUGAAAUGCGAAACCUUUAUUUGUUUUUUAGUGGUUUUUAGAAAAUCCAAACCCUUUUAUUUUGUUUAUCAUUUAUAGAAUCUUAAUCAAAAUCAAAUUCAUAACCAUCUGAAAUAGUUUUGUUGAAUUCAUAUAAAAUCAAUUAUUUAGAAACCUUAGAUAGCUAAAAUUUAAUCCGACGGUGGUUAUCAAAUGGCGGAUCAACAAGAAGAAGAGGACCUGAGAAUGGCUCUGCGGAUGAGUAUGCAAAACUCGCCGCCAGAGCCGAAGAGUAGCAGGCCGAGAGAAGCUGCCAACUUAGCGACGACGAAGACGCCGGAGGAGAGCCGACGGUUGCAGCGUGAACUCAUGGCAACCGCAGCUGAGAAACGGAUGCUGGCGGCUGUUAAAAACGUUCCGGCUUCUAGUUCCCCUUCGAAGAGCGAAAGGGGCGGAGAUUUAGGAAGGAAAGAGAUGGAAAUAAAAGCUAAAGAAGUGAAUUUGGGUAAUGAAUUGUCGGAGGAAGAAGCUUAUCAGUUAUUUUUGAUGGUUUUUGGGAGUGGUGUUUCGAAGGAUAUACUUGCUCAGUGGAGCAAUCAGGGGAUAAGGUUUAGCCUUGAUCCAGAAACAUCUAUGGGCCUAGUGCAGCAUGAAGGUGGGCCCUGUGGUGUCUUAGCAACCAUACAAGCAUUUGUUCUCAAACAUCUUCUUUUCUUUCCGGAUGAAUUAGUUAAAGCUGCGCAAAGCAUGCCAGAGAAUUUGACUUCCAGGAGAUUAUCCAAAAACCAUUAUGUUGCAUCAAAUAUUUUUGCUGCUUUUACUGAAGAUGCAAAAUCAAGAACCCUAGUUAAAAGUAUGGGUGAGAUAUUGUUUUUAUGUGGAAAUAAUAAAAGAGCUGUGAUUGCAACUUUGAGUUCUAUUGGCCAUGGUGUUGAAGGAUCUGUAGACAGUUCAAAGGAUGUGAUCAUUGCACAAGCACUUGAUGGUCUUUCAAUUGAAUCAGCUUCUGAUUUGCAGAAGGUUUUAAGAGUUGACACAUACACAACACCGGCAAGUGCCUUUGAGAGGCUUGAAGCAAUGAUUCCAGUUUUUCAAAGUCGCAUGGGAGCAUUGCUAUUCCUUAUAUCUGCCUUACUUUCUCGAGGAUUGGACUGUGUUCAGGCUGACCGAGAUGAUCCUAGCCUUCCUCUAGUAACUGCACCGUUUGGGCAUGCUUCUCAGGAAAUUGUGAACCUAUUGCUCUGUGGGCAAGCUGUUCCAAAUGUGUUUGACGGAAGGAUGGAUUUAGGUGGUGGCAUGUUUCUGAAGGGUGUAUCUACAAAUGUGGAAGUUGGAUUCCUCACUCUACUAGAAUCCCUUAACUUUUGUAAGGUUGGCCAAAAUCUAAAAUGCCCAAAAUGGCCAAUAUGGGUUGUUGGGAGUGAGUCCCAUUAUACGGUCCUAUUUGCUGUGGAUACAGCUGUUCAAGAUGAGAAUGAACUGGAAGAAAGAGAAUCACAGAUCCGGAAAGCUUUUGAUGCCCAAGAUCAGAGUGGAGGUGGUGGUUUCAUUAGUGUGGAAGGUUUCCAUCAGGUACUCAGAGGGAUGAAUAUUAGACUUCCAUCUGAAAAACUCGAUAGCCUUUGCAGCUCAGGCUUCAUUGUGUGGAGCGAGUUUUGGCAGGUUAUUUUAGAUUUAGACAAUAGUUUGGGAGGUCUUAAGGAUUCAACCGGACAGAUGGGUAGAAAAAUAUUUGAUCUUUACCAUUUUAAUGGGAUAGCAAAAUCAGAUUUGAAUGGCAGCCAAGCAACUUCUGGAGGUGAGACUCCUAUACAAAGACCCAGGCUUACAAAAUUGAGGGUUUCAGUACCCCCAAGGUGGAUGCCGGAGGAAUUCAUGGCAGAUGUAGCAGUUCCAUCUGGUUCUGCUGAUAGUGAAUCAAGUGGGAAAGGCACCGAAGUGGCUAAACCUGAACCUCCUCAGCAUGCACCAUUGGUGGACUGCAUCAGAACGCGCUGGCCUCGUGCUGUUUGUAAUUGGGUGGGUGAUCCCCCUAGUAUAGUCUGAAUGUAUAUGAACCGUAUGAGGGAUCCUUUGGGCCUUCUGGUGUUUGGACUUGGGGGACAUCGUGCUUCAAAUUGGAAAACAAAAUUUAGUUUAAAAAAAAAAAAAGGCCGGAAGUGGUAAACCUGGUUGCUUUUGUAACGACUCUGGGCAAAAAUGAAGGGAGGUUAUUUUUCUGGUUGUCUGUUUCAGCCGAUGUGCAUCAUCACCAUUUAUGUUGUGUAUUUGCUGUGGGAUCGACAUUCUAAUUCAAUUUUCAUAUGUUUAGAUACUGAAGGAAAAAGAUAAUAUCAUCACUUUUCGAAAAUGAAAUCUGCAUUCAUGCAUUUGUCUUUGCUUUCUGUCAGGAAAGCUUUUCAACAUAGGCAUGUCAUUCGUCAAUUA